GAAGGAGUAGGCAGUGUCAAUGAGACUGACAGAGGACGCGCUUCUUUGCCUUGGUUAUUGUGAUUUCCUCUGAGCAUUCGUCUUUUGAUUCGUCAUCCAUCAUAAGUGGUCGGCGUUGUUCGCUCGCCUGUGCCUCUGAUAUUACUGAAUUUUACCCCUGACGACCAGUCCUCCCUUGCUCGUCAACAUGUCGACCGGCAACGAGGUAACGGAACGGAGCUCUCUCCUGGAGCGUGAUCUCUCACGACCAAAUGGAGUUGUCCAGGACUAUCCAAUCUUCCUUCGCGUAUGCCAUGCACCAUGGGGUUUCAUCAACCAGACCACUCUUGUCGUCAUUAGAGGCCUGAUUCUAAUCUACCUCACCAUACUCGCGCCCAUGCUACUUGACUACAAACUCUACAAGCGGCAAGAUGGCGACUCUCCCUUGCGCAUUAUCUUCCAGUUCUCGACCAUCACCUUUAUUCUGUUGUGGCUCUACCACUUGUUUACCUUUUGCUGGAGCUAUACGCACCUCUAUUAUCCCGAUCUCGAUGAUGAAGAUAACACCUGGGAGACGGCUCUACUACGAAAGAUGUCACCGCCUGAGCAAACAAUCACCUCUCGCAACCGAUUCUACUUCAGUUUGUAUUACACAGUUUCCCACGUAUUUACCUUUAUAAAUACCUUCAUAUUCUUGGCCGUUAUAGUGCCGAAGGGUCACGGCGACCUACCCAGAGACAGGCAAAGGGGUGGCGGCGGAGACGACGCCGGGAGUCUCGAGGCCGGUGAUUUCUUUGGCCAUGGAUGGUUUGAACCUUUCUGUGUCCUCAACCUAUGGGGUUAUACAUCACUCCUCGCCCUCUUCGAGAUCAUGUCGCUGAACAGCAUCAAACGCCAGAUGCCUGUGCACACCCACAUCAUUGGCUUGGUAUUUCUGUUGUGUGCCUACCUCGGUUGGGCUGCGUUUGGAAAACUCUCCAUCGGCCGUGCUCCUUACUUCUGGCUGGACCCCGAGAUUGUUCCGUACAAACUCAUAUUUGGAUACUGCGCUUUGUUUGUGGCUUUGGGGCCUGCCUUCUUUGCUUUAAUGUAUGGUCUCAUUGGCCUGCGUGAAGAACUGGCAGAGAAAUAUGGCAGCCCAAGUCAAGCCAGUACCCCAGAUGGCUCGCAGCAGGGAGACCAAGAGUGAGAUGGAUGAUUGAACGGUGUUUCUAAGAGAGGUGGCUUUCUACAGAACACGGUUGUGCGAGAUGACGAACCUUUACAUUGCCCUUCCGCUCUUUAUUCCCUAUUAACCCUGUUCCAUCGUCACUUUAACCGAUACUGGAUCAUGCUGAUUUCCCUCGGUGAUGCUGUCCCUCUACUCGACGAUUGCAGAGGCGGUACCUAGAAGUCACGUAUACAGACCUAGAAAAGCAUGAAGGUUUUAUUUGACUGACAUUAAUCCUCCUGUGAUCGAAUUAACAACCUCUUCAAACAGAAGACAUCGC